UUGCCUUCGCUGUCUCCAGAGGCGGGCCGGAUUUAACGCGGCGGCCCCUUUAAGCUGGCCCGGGCGCCAGAAAAAAAAAGGUUGUCCCGCGCCUGCGCAACGGAGCCUUGACCUCGCGCUCAUUUGGCGCUGCUCGUGACUACUUCUUGUUAUUAUUUUUUUUAAAAAAAGGUGGUAGUUGGUGGGUGGGGGAGGGGGAAGGGCAACGUUUCGCGUUCGAUUCUCCUCAUUUAACCGGCAGCGGCGCCUACGUCGCCAUAGCGACCUGUCCCUAGCCGAGUCGGGCCCGGCCUGGGAGCCCCAGCGGCCGAGGCCAUGGAGGAACCGGGAGCGGCCGCCUCCUCCUCCUCCUCCUCAGGAGGGGACGCCGCCGCCGCGUCCGAAGUGACGGAGAUCCGCGUCUCCGGCCCGCAGCCGCUGCGGCUCUUGGAAUGGAAAGUGUCGGCCGGGGCCGCCGUGAAGAUCGGUUCGGUGCUGGCGGUUUGCGUGCCUAUCGUGGGCCCGGCCCGGCCUGGAGCCUCGGCCGCCGAGACCGGCCCGCAGCGGACAGCCGAGCGAAAGGUCAAAGCGGAGCGGCCGGGAGUGGUGCGGGAGCUGUGCGCGCAGCGCGGGCAAGUCAUCCCGCCCGGAGGUGUCCUGGUGCGGAUGGAAGGAUGCAGCCAUCCAGUUGUUAUGAAAGGCUUAUGUGCAGAGUGUGGCCAGGAUUUGACACAGCUACGAAGCAAGAAUGGAACACAAAAUAUGCCAGUAUCCACAGCAACUGUAUCAAUGGUUCAUAGUGUACCAGAAUUGAUGGUUAGCUCUGAACAAGCUGAACAGUUGGGAAGAGAAGACCAGGAGAGGCUACGCAGAAAUCGAAAACUGGUUCUAAUGGUAGAUUUGGACCAGACAUUGAUCCAUACAACAGAACAGCACUGCCAACAGAUGUCUAACCGAGGAAUAUUCCAUUUUCAGUUAGGUCGAGGGGAGCCUAUGCUACAUACACGGUUGCGUCCUCAUUGCAGAGAAUUUCUAGAAAAGAUUGCCAAGUUGUAUGAACUACAUGUGUUUACCUUUGGAAGCAGACUUUAUGCACAUACAAUUGCAGCAUUCUUGGACUCCGAAAAGAAGCUUUUUUCCCAUCGAAUAUUGUCAAGGGAUGAAUGUAUUGAUCCAUUUUCUAAAACUGGGAACCUUAGAAACUUAUUUCCUUGUGGUGAUUCCAUGGUUUGUAUUAUUGAUGACAGAGAGGAUGUCUGGAAAUAUGCACCUAAUUUGAUAACUGUGAAGAAAUACGUAUACUUUCAGGGCAUAGGUGAUAUUAAUGCACCGCCUGGAUCAAGGGAAGUUCAAAUGAGAAAGACAGCAAAUCAUUCUUCAAAAGUAGCGGAGGCAUCGGACCCAGCAACAGUAACGGGAGACUCUGAAGAAGCAAAGAAUGUUGGAAAUGUAGACGAACAAAGCAAUGGCAUUCAAAAAUCUGCAAAUGAAGUAAAUGGCAAUAACUCUAUCAGCAGUGAGACUCCAUCCUGGGAUAUGAAUUGCGAUGAUAAAGUUAGAGACUCCUUAAGUGAUUCUAAACAUGGAAUGGAUGUUACUAAUGAUGUGAUGAGUGCCAAGGAAUCUCAUGUGUCUUCAGACGAUGAUAAUAGGACAGUUACAGACAAACAGCAGAUUCAAAACAAGAGUACAAAUUAUUUGGACUUUGAAUUGUCUAGUGAUAGUGAAAGUGACAGUGGGUUGGAUGCUAGGAAAUCCUCCUCCUCUUCUGCUACAGAUAGUGAAAAUGAAGGAAAGAGAAGCUGGAGAAAAUCAAAACAGCCUGUACUAGAGGAAAGUGCAAUGCCUCUGGUAGGAACUGAUACGAAUGUAGAAAAGGACGGACAGUUGAACCAUUCUGCAGACUCUGUAUCCUCACCUAGCAUCAAUCCACAGCCUAAGGCAUUCGAUCUGGAAGCACAUGAAGAGAGUGAACAAGACAGCCUUUGUAGCCUAGGAAAUGGUUGUGUGGACAAGAAAGAGGCAGAGACAGAAUCUCAAAAUAGUGAGCAAUCUGGGAUAACCGUGGGAGAAUCUUUAGAUCAAAGCAUGGAGGAAGAGGAAGAUGACGAUACAGACAGUGAUGACCAUUUAAUAUAUCUCGAAGAGAUUCUUGUUCGGGUGCACACGGACUAUUACUCAAAGUAUGAUAAAUAUGUGAGAAAAGAAACAGAUGAAAUUCCAGAUAUAAGAAAAAUAGUGCCAGAACUGAAACGAAAAGUGUUGUCAGAUGUUACCAUAUUAUUUAGUGGAUUAUACCCAACCAAUUAUCCCAUAGAAAAAACACGGGAGCAUUAUCAUGCUACUGCACUUGGAGCUAAAAUUGCAAAAAACCUAGUAUUGAAUGAAGAUGACCCCAAUAAGCCAACACACCUUAUUGCAGCAAGAGCUGGCACAGAAAAAGUACGGCAAGCUGAGAAUUAUAAAAAUCUCCAUAUUGUAAAUCCAGACUGGUUAUGGAGCUGCUUGGAGCGUUGGGACAAAGUAGAAGAACAACUGUUUCCUUUGAAGGAUGAUUACCUUAAAACACAAAGAGAGUACAGUCCUGCCAUGUUUCCAGAUAUACACAGUGCUUUCCAGACUGCUCUUUUCCACCCAACUCCCAUUCAUCCAAAGUGUCAGCCUGGUCCUGAGGUUCGGCUUUAUGAUCCCAACACCGGAAAAUUAAUUAGGAAAGGAUCUCAAAGCACCAGCCAGUCUUUGUAUAUUCAAGCACCAGCUUCUCCUCUCUCUCUGCCUGUCCAUGGGGAACAUUCCUUAUUCAGAGUUGUUCAACCACACCAACAGCUUUUUGAUGAAGAGGGGAUGCCAGCAAGUGAGAAUGAAGAGCCUGGCCCAUCUAAACGGAAACGCCAGCCAAGUAUGUCUGAAACAAUGCCACUAUACACUCUUUGUAAAGAAGAUUUAGAAAGUAUGGAUAAAGAGGUUGAUGACAUAUUGGGAGAAGGCAGUGACGACAGCGACAGUGAAAAAAAGAAGACAGGAGAUGGAAAGGCAGCACCACAGAGUAAAGCAAAAGAAGCUGUAAAUGUAAAAAUAGAAGAGAGAGCUGCUUCGACAUCUUCAAGUGAAAGAAGCUUGACAGGCAGUGUACCCAGGGGUCAUAAGCGAAAGCUGGAUGAGGAUGACGGUGCCAGUGAAUCUAGUAAAGGGUCUAGCAAUGACGACGAGGAGGGCAGCAGCUCAGAAGCGGAUGAGAUGGCGGCAGCACUGGAAGCCGAACUGAAUGACUUUAUGUAACCUCCAUAUGGGAGGGGACUUGUAAUUAUGUGUUUCUUUUUGCAACCAUUCAGAAUUCCAAUGGUGGGCAUUUCCUGUUUUCCUCUCCAAAAUAAGGUGUAUAUUUUGCAAAGCAACCAAGGAGGUGAUAAUGCAUUAUUUUACAAAACCUGAAAUAAGAUGUUUUUAGGGUGUUUUACUUAAAGGAAUAUAUACUUUUUUAAAGGAAAAGUAUUAAAGGGGGACUUGGUGUGAUGCCAAAGACAAGUUGUGAGCUCUGCAGGACCUUGUUAUAUGAGAGGUUAGUACAAAUAUUUGCAUCAGAACAUUUAAAAAAAUACUGCCAUGACGGCUUUGGGUACCAAGCUUCAGAAAGAAUACCUAAGGAAUAUAUUGCAUGGAUGAAGCAAAAGAUCUUGAUCGGGAUAUGUUUUCUUCACAGUGAAUUCUUAUCAAAUAGAAAGAUUUUUAAAAAUAAAAAUAAAGAACAAUUUAUAUUUGUAUAGGAACUGAGAAUGCUAUAUGCAAGCUUUGUGAACGCUGCACUCAACCUACCUGCCACUUGCUUCUAAGAGAAUAUAUGAUGGUUGAUUCCCAUGUUUUUAAGUUACUUUGUGGACUAGUAUCCUUUAGAGAGAGACCAUUUAGAUUUUUAACUUUACUUCUCUGUAAUUGCAGUUCUAGCACAGGCUAUUCUGUGUAGUAUUGUACUGCCAUAAAACAUAUUCAUGCAUUUUGUGUUAUGUUUGGAAGGAAUUGCUGCUAGCGAAUUCCUGAUAGCAUUUUAUUUCUUUCAAAGGACAGAUGUAAAGUUUUUUGUACAUUCUAUUUCAUAUUUGAUCUACAAAACAGAUUCUUUUCAUUUAAUAAUAAAAAAUACAUUUUGUAA